GCUCUUAGGUCCGAACUCCAGCCUGACUGCAGGCGCCGCGGGAGAGAAGAUAUGGCUGGACUGUGCGUUAGCGUGCGGACGCUGGCAGCUGCACUCCUGCUUUUUCCGGCCACCGUCUCUGGAUCCACCGACCCUAGCGGGAUGUCGCGGAUCCCUUCCCAGUUCAGCGAGGAGGAGCGCGUCGCUAUGAAAGAGGCACUGAAAGGUGCCAUCCAGAUUCCCACCGUGUCUUUCAGCCAUGAGGAAUCCAACACCACAGCCCUUGCAGAGUUUGGAGAAUACAUUCGAAAAGUCUUCCCUACAGUGUUCCACAGCAGCCUUAUCCAACAUGAAGUUGUGUCAAACUACAGCCACCUAUUUACUGUCCAAGGCUCGGACUCCAGUUUGCAGCCCUACAUGCUGAUGGCUCACUUUGACGUGGUUCCUGCCCCUGAGGAAGGAUGGGAGGUGCCCCCGUUCUCAGGCCUGGAGCGAGACGGCUUCAUCCAUGGCCGGGGCACACUGGACAACAAAAACUCCGUGAUGGCAAUCCUGCAGGCCUUGGAGCUCCUGUUGAUCAGAAACUAUAGACCCAGAAGGUCUUUCUUCAUAGCGUUGGGCCAUGAUGAGGAGGUGUCGGGGACAAAGGGAGCUCAGAAGAUCUCAGCACUCCUGCAGGCUAGGGGUGUUCAGCUGGCCUUCCUUGUGGACGAGGGGAGCUUCAUCUUGGAAGAUUUUAUUCCAAACCUCAAGAAGCCCUUUGCCAUGAUCUCAGUCUCAGAGAAGGGUGCCCUUGAUCUGAUGCUCCGAGUCAACAUGACUCCAGGCCACUCUUCAGCUCCCCCAAAGGAGACGAGCAUUGGCAUCCUUUCCGCCGCUGUCAGCCGACUGGAGCAGACACCAAUGCCGAACAUGUUUGGAAGUGGGCCAAUGAAGAAGGCAUUGAAACUACUGGCAAAUGAGUUUCCCUUCCCUGCCAAUAUAGUCUUGAACAACCUGUGGCUAUUUCGGCCCAUUGUCAGCAGGCUGAUGGAGAGGAAUCCCGUAACCAACGCGCUGGUCAGAACCACCACAGCCCUCACCAUAUUCAACGCAGGAGUCAAGGUGAAUGUCAUCCCCCCAUUUGCUCAGGCUACAAUCAACUUCCGGAUUCACCCUUCGCAGACCGUACACGAGGUCCUAGAACUCGUCAAGAACAUUGUGGCUGAUGACCGCGUCCAGUUACAUGUGUUGAGAUCCUUUGAGCCCCUGCCCGUCAGCCCUUCAGAUGCCCAGGCCAUGGGCUACCAGCUGCUUCAACAGACCAUACAGUCUGUCUUCCCGGAAGUCAAUAUUGUCGUCCCCGGGAUCUGUAUUGCCAAUACAGACAGCCGACACUAUACCAACAUCACCAACGGCAUCUACCUGUUCAACCCCAUUUUCCUGCAGCCUCAGGGCUUCAGUAGUAUCCAUGGAAUCAAUGAGAAGAUCUCAGUCCAGAACUACGAGAACCAGGUGAAGUUCAUCUUUGAGUUGAUCCAGAAUGCUGACACCUACAAGGAACCAGUUCCUCACCUGCAUGAACUGUGAGGCCAACGGUGCCCAGCCCUGGGCCGGGACUAACCUGCGGGGAGGGAGAGCUGGUUUUGACAAAAGGUUUGGUGGAAACCACCUUGUCGUGCAGAGUUCGUCUGCCUGGCUCCCUCCUCCACUCACCAUAGAGCAAGCUCCAAGGAGGCAGAGAAGAUACACAGAUCUAGCCUGACAUCCCUCCGACGACGUCUGCACUCUUCCCCUGAGCGGCCUCUACUGCCUCUGUCCCUGUCUUGGAAGGUGUUGGCCUGUCUCAUGCUGGUUGUUCAACUUGUCUGCUUUCGCAUUUGUUAAGUGCAGAUUUUGGAAAGAUCUCAAGCAGGUGUUUAUCUAGAUAGAACGCUAACUUGAGCUGGACUGUCUUCUAGAAUUUCCUUUCUCCCGUCAGUCACCUGCUCUCUUUGUGGGCUUGGGAGCUGCCUGCCCUACCUCUGCUUCCUUCCUCCACUCUCUAGUCAAACUGAGAAGCUCCCCCAAGCACGGUCCACCAAAUAAAGGGGUCUGUGUAGCGUCA